AUGAAAGUUGAAUACAUAUCUCUGAAGUGCGACACAGUGGAUAAGUGCUCAUUUUUCUGCCAAACAGCGGAGAAGGAUUACAAUGUUAAUGGGAGUCGCAAAGUUGGUAGGACUAUUGAACGUGUUUUGUCCAAAAAUGGUGACAUAAUACCAAAGUCUUCAAUAAAUUGGCUGUGUUCUGGAGAUAAGUGGAACUCGCUGUUUGUCAAGAAGGGCUGGAUAACAGGUGUAAAGGGUGAUUUUAUUCGUAAAAUGAACCCUAUGUUUCAGUUUUUCAUGAAUACCUAUGCCGAAUGUGGAGGUGGUGAUUUACUGGACUCUGCAAAGAACUUAUCUGUUAAAUCGUCUUCUGAAAUGUUAGUUGUUCAUCGAACAAAUUUUUUUAGGUGCAAAAGCAUGAAGAAUUGCGAUUUCUUUACUCACGCGUUUAUCAUUGACGAGAAGUUUAUGUCAUUUUCCACGUUGACGAAUUUUUGCAAAGGACCGCCAUUGAAUUUGGCUGCCAAAGACGGGAAUUUACUGGGGAUUUUAACCGAGGUUGAUAAAGAGGCCAGCGAGAAGGGAGAAAGGAUUUCUGAGGCUACUGCGAAACCCAUGUACUACUAUGGAGGCCCUAUAACCAGCGACCAUUACUACGAUGAUCUCAGACGCGGGUCCAUCGUACCCGCCACUAAUUUGUAA